GCGAAAGGUUUUAUGGAGAUUGAAGAUGCCCGAGGUUGUUAGCUUGGACGAUGAGAAUCUCAAUGAUGUUGAUGAAACUCUGAUAGAAAGACUUGUAGGCUUGACAGAGAUGUUUCCAGAAUCUGUUCGUAAAGGCUCUAGGAAUGCAGCAAGAGGUUUAACUGGUGGUGCAAGUUGGCUCUACAACUUCACAGGGAAAUCGCUCUGGAUUAUGAGUACAUCAUUUGUUGUACUUGCCUUGCCAGUUAUUUUCGAAGUUGAAAGAGUCCAAACAGAAGAAGCACAACUUCAACAACAGAGACAAAUUCUUCUUGGUCCCGGCAGUACUGGUCCUGGAUUAGGAUUCUCCCAAGGUUACCCUGUUUCACAGCCUCAGAGAAAUUAAUUAUGAUUUUGGAAAGAAGUGGUCAGGAUUAUGGAAAUCAAGAUUGUACAAUAAACACCAUUUUUGGAAUGCUUCACAACUUUUAGGGAAAACGUGUGUGUGUGAAAUCAGUGCAUAAGUUCAGAGGUGCAUAUUCAUGAUGUGUUUAUUUUCCUUUUUGGGAAAGAAAUUUUUCCAAUAAAUUCAAAGAUUACUUUUCCUUGA